GGGGCGCGGGCGACGGGGGCUCCGCCCCGGGGCGGGGCGCGGCGACCGGGCGCGGCGAGCUCCCUCGGGGUCCCAGCGGGCCGGCACUCGGCGGCCGCGGCGCAAUGGAGGCGCCGGCCGAGCUGCUGGCCGCGCUGCCUGCGCUGGCCACCGCGCUGGCCCUUCUGCUCGCCUGGCUGCUGGUGCGACGUGGGGCGACCGCGAGCCCGGAGCCUGCCUGCACGCCCCCGGAACCCGCGCCCCCGGCCGAGGCCACCAGGGCCCCAGCGCCGUCCCGCCCCUGCGCCCCCGAGCCGGCGGCCGCGUCCGCGGGGCCGGAGGAGCCUGGGGAGCCCGCGGGGCCGGGGGAGCCCGGGGAGCCUGCGGGACCCGGGGAGCCCGAAGGGCCAGGGGAUCCCGCGGUGGCGUCAGCGGAGGCGGAGGAGCAGGCGGCGGAGGCGAGGCAGAAAGAGGAGCAGGACUUGGAUGGUGAGACGGGGCCAUCAUCGGCAGGGCCUGAGGAGGACGACGGAGAAGGCUUCUCCUUCAAAUACAGCCCCGGGAAGCUGAGGGGAAACCAGUACAAGAAGAUGAUGACCAAAGAGGAGCUGGAGGAGGAGCAGAGAGUUCAGAAGGAACAGCUGGCUGCCAUCUUCAAGCUCAUGAAAGACAAUAAGGAGACGUUUGGCGAGAUGUCCGAUGGCGACGUGCAGGAGCAGCUCCGGCUAUACGACAUGUAGACUGCGCCCAUGGGAUGCACAGUGGCCAUGCCUGACGCUGUCCCCACCCCUGCCCCACCCCCUUGUUCUUUCCAGACUUCUGUAGGCCUAAUUUGCCCUUAUAAACAUAGAUGCAGGCGUACAUUCUAUACGUACUUGCCCAGUUCUUGCAAUGUGUAUAUUACUUUACAGGAAUCAAAACUGUUUUCUCGGAGGACAAAGCCCCUGGCCCCUCUGGCUUCUGCUUGCUGGUGAGGUUCCAGCUGUUAUGGGGCUCUGAGACCCUCUCCUGAUCCAAAUCUUUGUUUGUUUGUUUGAGAUGGAGUCUCACUCUGUUGCCCAGGCUGGAGUGCAAUGGCGUGAUCUCAGCUCACUGCAAUCUCCACCUCCCAGAUUCAGGUGAUUCUCCUGCCUCAACCUCCCCAGUAGCUGGGAUUACAGGCAUGUACCACUACGCCCAGCUAAUUUUGUAUUUCUAGUAGAGAUGGGGUUUCACCAUGUUGGCCAGGCUGGUCUCAAACUCUUGAGCUCAGGUGAUCCACCCGCCUCAGCCUCCCAAAGUGUUGGGAUUACAGGCAUGAGUCACUUUGCCCAGCCAAUAACUACACUCUUAUUCUGCCUUAUGAGGAUUUCUGGAAGCUUCUGUAAUUGUAGGGAAGCAAGCUGUAGGGGAGCAUUCUUCCUUUUUUUUUUUUAGAAACAAGGUCUCAUUCUGUCACCCAGGCUGGAGUGCCGUGGUGCCAUCAUGACUCAAUGCAGCCUUGACCUCCCAGGCCCACAAAAUCCUCCUGCUUCGGCAUGAGUAACUGGGACUACAGGUGUGUACCACCACACUCAGCUAAAGAAAAGCGUUCUUUUCUUUUCUUUUUUGAGACAGAGUCUCGCUCUGGUGCCUGGUCACUGCUUGAACGCUUCACCUUCUGGGUUCAAGCGAUUCUCCUGCCUCAGCCUUCCUAGUAGCUGGGAUUACAGGCAUGCGCCACCACACCCAGCAAAUUUUUGUAUUUUUAGUAGAGACGGAGUUUCACCAUGUUGGCCAGGCUGGUCUCGAACUCCUGACCUCAGGUGAGCCACCUGCCUCGGCCUCCCAAAGUGCUAGGAUUACAGGUGUGAGCCACUGUGCCCAGCCAGGAGCGCUCUUUUAGCAAAAAGUCUAAUUCAGAGACUCACCUUUCAUCCUGGCACUAAACAAUGGUACUAGAGGUAAGAUCUGCCAAGAAUUUCUCUCACUUAAGCAGAAUACUUACUUUAAAUCUAAUUAGGCAAGACUUAUUUGAGUACUUGCCUAAUUAUAUUUAAUUAGAACUAUGCUAGACGCUGUAGACAGAAGAAAUAAAACACCCCACCUGGUCCUUACCUUUCAGCAGGUUAAAGGCCUUUAGGGAAGAAAAGCCCAUGUGCAGGGAAAGAGAUGUCACCAGAAAGCAUUCAAUAAAAUGCCAAAGUGAUCUUACAGAACAGUGCCUGUGACACCGGAGGGGAUUGUUCCGCUUUGUGAGUGAACAUACAAUGAUGGGGAUAACUGGUCCUUCACACCAUGCAGGUCCCAUUUCUGAUCACCCCACUGGCAGAACAAUUCACAGUUCUUGAGCAAACUGAGUUAGGGAGGGUGUGCUAAAGACAGAACCUAUGCAAGUUCUUAGAAAUAGUUUUUGUUUGCUGAAAUAAAGCUCAAUCAACACACUACAUGAAAAAAAGUGGAGCAGUGGCAUUUCCAUGCCUCAUGCGCACCAUCACGAGGUUAACUUCCCGCCAUUGCCUCUUGCCUGCCAGGGGUUUUUCAGAAGCCCCUCUCUGUUCCACCCUUUUGCUUCUUUGCUGACCAUUCACUCUCUGUGUCUGUUGUUGGAUCCAAAUAUGAGUGUUUGUCUUUUGUGGUGAAUGCUUUUUUCCUUCUUGAAAUUGUUUUAAUGUGUUUUGUCAAAAGCAUUUAACCAUGUUAUGAUUUAAGAAUUCUUUGUUCACUUGAGGUCAGGAGUUCAAGACCAGCCUGGCCAACAUGGCAAAACCCUGUCUCUACUAAAAAUACAAAAAUUAGCCCAGCAUCCCCUGAACAAAUGACCAUCUGGAGGAGAAGGUAACUGCAUUUCAUUGGGGAUCUGUGAUAAAAGGGAGCAUCGGUGUUGGGGAGACACCUGUUCCACCUGAGUUUCCUAUGAGGUCCAGGACAGGGCUUGGUGGGCACUCGGAAGCCAGUGUCUGAAGUGCUCAGCAUCCUCCUCUUCCUCGGUGGUAGGUGUCUACUGCCCAGGCCCCACCCCUGGCCGUGGACACUUCAUGGAAACACUGCUGGUUUGCUAUGGUGUUGGGUGGCUCUUGUCUAUUCCCCAUAAGUGCUGGCCUCUGUUGACACCAUUUCUGCCACCUCAUCUGAGAUUGCUCUCAUCAGCUCACAGAGAUUCAGUUCAGAGAAUGAACCAAAUCUAAGCUAAAAAGCAUAAAGGAGGGCAGAAAGAAACAGCAGGGUGGGAGAAAGAGCGCACACACCGCGGGAAAGAUGUCCACCUGGCAGCCACAUCACAGAAUCACCAGUAUGUACGUCACUGCCACCAAGAACCUAGAACCACAGAGGCCUACAGAAGCCAAUCCCAGUGGAACUCUCUCCGGGUGCAGGGGCUGAGAGAACCUAAAACAUUCAGGUGGCCAGAGCUUCUUUCCAGAGAUGGGAACCAGUCUCAAAGCCUUUGCAUCUCUCCCCUGCCCUCCCUCCAUCACUCUGCUGAGAACUCUGCCCCGGGCUGGCCUGCUGACAUGACACGAAUAGCAGUGGCCUGUCACUCAUCAGUAUCUGCAGUUCUGUUUACCAAAGCCUGCUUGCUAGAGACUUGUCAGGGCCUCCUUCCCUCAAAGUGUCCAUUGUACCUCCAUCUGGAUACAAUUAGCUGGCUCCCCACUUCCUGGACUGACGGUAACCACCUUUUCCAACGACCCUGAAGAAAACACACAGUCUAAGCUUCUUUACGAGUAAACCUACAACUGGACAAAUUUUCUAUCAACCCCCAGUACCCCUCUCUGCUGUGGCUGAUUUGUUACUGGUUUUCUUUUUUUUUUUUUCAAUUUGAAAACGUAAAUAAUUAUACUAAGACUAGAUCACUCUGAGAUUGUUUUAUUCUAAUUUAUCCUAAGGACCUGCCUGUACUUAAAGCCUGAUACAAAGCCCAAGUUGACCUACUGGGCAGCUCUCUGGGCCUGGAAGGAAGAGCACAUGACAAGGCUUCAACAGUACAGCCUGGCUAGGUCCAGGCAGACCAUGACUUCUGAAGGCAACAGCAUGGUCCACAUGGAAUCAGGCUGCUGAAGAACAGCAGCGAGAGGCUGCCUCUGAAUCACAUCUGCAGGGUCACCUGGGCCUGGUGGAGGCCCACAGUCACCCAUUACGCCCCAGUAUCCUAUGUGGGAGUAUCCAUGUCUAGUCUCUACUUCUCACUGCAGGAGAGGUGGCAGAUGAGGAGGUUUCCUACUUUAAAGCAGGUAGAAGUUGUUUCCUUUCUUCCCUCCUCACAGCCUGGAGGGCGAGGUUGUGCCCAGCCUGAUAGCAGCUGCCUUGCCCAAGAUUACAUCCUGUUCUGGGGGCAGCCCACCUCCAAACCAAGUCACUGGUGGGGUACAAAGGCCUGCCUUGUCUGCCAAAAGGACAGUGCUGAUGGACCAUUCCAGUUCUAGAGUUCCCAAAGAGAUGUCUUUUUGGAGAGGGGCAGGGUACCAGAAAUCCUUCACUCAGGCUAUAGCAGGGCCUCCAGUUACAAGUAACUUGAGUCCCACCCAGCCAAACAUGCCUUUCCGGGUCUAGUGCUGGGUUGCAGAACAGGAAACCUGGCAAAUUCCUAUUGCCACAGAUAUUUUUUACUAUUAUUAUUGUCACCUUAUUUUUCUAUUGGUGGAAACCCUCUAGGGCUUCCACCAGAUUCUCCACCUUUAUGCUAUCAUUUUUAUCAGUUUUGGUUUUAUUGUUUCAGUGCUGCUUCUUGCUAACGGUAGCAGCCAAUAUACAUCAUCUCUGGCGACAGAUCACGCCAUAGAAAAUACUGUCGUUUUCCUCAUUUUUCUUAACGCCACAGAGUCAGCUGGGCUGUAGUACCAGCCCGGAUGUACCAGUUUACUCAGCCAUUCCCCCUCUCAUGGACAUCUGCAUGGUUUCCAGUCUUGCAAAUUUAUAUAGUGCCGCUACAAAUAAAAGCUGGCGUGUAUGCUG